AUGAAUCUGAUAAUUGUUGCAAAGUAUCUUAUCCAACCGUUUUAACUUCUCCAUCCUUGUCUUCAUCAUUUAAACAUAUCUAAGGAAAGGAUGAAGUUAUGUGUUUAGUCACUCAAGGUUUAGAUUACUUCAAGAAUGACUAAAGAUUUAUUUAAUAAACUUAAGGUUCCUAAAGCUGAAUGCAUUCAUUCCUUAUUUCUACCAGGACUUUAGGGGGUGAUUAUGAAUGGAUUAUUAAACAAUACAAAUAUGGGCACUACAAAUCCAACUUAAGCUAUAUUUUUAAGAGUAAUUCCAAAAGAGAUUGAAGAGAAAGUUAAUAAAUAAUUAAUUAUUUUAGAUAAAAUAAACUGCUUUGUAUGGGGAUUGUAAGACUAUAAAUGGACUUAAAUAAAAGGUUCUGAUCUUUCAAUAGAUGUCCCAUAUGAUUAUUCGAGAUUUUUUCUUGAAGAUGAUAUUCGUCUAUAAGAAAUCAGAGAUCUAUAUGGAAAGAGUAUCAUGAUGACUAGUGAAAUCAAGAAAGAAUUAAUUACAGUUUUUACUAAGAUAGUAAAAGUUCACUAAUGGGAGCUCUUGUGA